CCUCGCUGCUGUCGAUCGGGCCUCUUUGCAUCCUGCCUUUCGUGUACCUCCGCAUAGUUCGUUCCGCAUCCAUACGCUCUCCGUUUGCCCCGGUAUGUCGGGGAAUUAUGACUAUCCUCCCGCUUCCCGUCGUACCGCCCGAGGAAGCAGACCCAGUGAUCGUCUACAUCGGCCAAACGCGAACCGUCUACAGCAUCUACGGGAUUUAUUAAACACUGAUAGAAACCGAAGCACUUCCGCUCGAGCCUUGGAGACUCUUAACCAAGAGCUAGAGGAGUCUCGCUCCGAGCGCGCGAGGGACCGAUAUUCGUUUGAUCAAACCAGGGCAUUCGUGGAUCAGCAAAUUCGAGACCUACAAAGAGAGCAGGCUUCCAGGGGAGACCAUACUCAUGGUACGAGGUCAGGCCCGAUACAUCCAGGAUUGCAGAGGCUGCAAAAUCUGGACGCCGUAAUUAUGAAUCACGACCCAAGUCCUUCUGGAAUAUCACGGUCAAUCAGCAGAGCUUCGAGAUCCCGUGGCUUUAGAAGCAAUGACCGACCUGGCCGGACUAGAAGGAAUCGAGAUUCCAUCCUAGAUUCGCCGAUUCCUCAUAUAGAUUCGCCAUCCACCAUGCCUUUGGAACCGGAUCACGACACUCCAACGGACCGAUUGAGGGUCAAGCGCAGAAAGCUUGACUCGGAUGAUAACAGAGAGAACUUACAAAAUCUGAGAUAUGGACAAUACGGUCAAGUCGUGCCAGGAACGUUGAAAAUGGAGUUGGCCAGUUGCGAUGGGGGCACUUACGAACCCGUAUGUGAAACCUCCGGGCCGGAAAACAUCCUCUUGAAUGACUCGUCCGUAUAUUGCACAAAAUCGGACCGCUGUAAUCUGAUCCUGAAACAUCGUGGGGAGGCGCCAUUCUGUCUGAAGAAGCUCGUCAUCAAAGCGCCCAAAUCUGGCUAUGAUGCUCCGAUACAAGCAGGCAUGGUUUUCGUUUCUAUGUCAGCCGACGACCUUCUUGCUCGCACUUCUCAGUAUCAGAUUCAGUAUGCUGGCUCUCGGAGCCAUCGUGCUCAUCGGCGCAGCGGAAUGCAGCCGUCUCAGGAAUACAUGAAUUCAUAUCGAACUCCCCUACAGACCCUUGAACGAGAAUCUCUAGCCGGCUUCGACUCUCCUUCGGACUCAGAUACAGACACUAGUGAACCUGCCGGUGCCUCUCCCAGCUAUAAUACAGACCAGACAUCUGAGUUUCAUGUCACUACAUACUAUGACGAGCGCUCUGAUGGUACUGGGCUUGACAGGCCUGGAGACCACUUCUCCAUACCCCAGGCACCUGAACCGACAAGGUUGGAGAGGGUUGGCACGAUGUACCCAAUGAAUGAUGAUUUCCUCUGUUCGGACACUGAGGACAGCGGUAGUGAUGAGGACGACACUUCUGAGACCCACUCAUACAAUUCACGACGGCGUGAUCUGCAAAGGCAGGUACGGGCCAUGCGUCGUCAAUAUGCCUUGGAGCAAGAUGAAUUACCGCGGCGUCGUCAUGUUCCAAACACAAUACAGCCCAUACCACCAGCUGCCCCCUCGGCGCCGCACCCUGGACCAACUGCUCGUUCUACAGGCGUUGGACUGAUGAAACCCCUUGCUCAAUUCUUCAUCAAGCGGCCUAAGAGUAGCGUUAGCCUCAAUUUCGAUCCUCCACCAUCGGGCCGUUACAUCCUGAUAAAACUAUGGAGUCCGUACAAUGCCGGUAACAUAGAUAUUCAAAGCGUCGUUGCUCAUGGGUUUGCUGGGCCAAGGUUCUUCCCCGCCGCCGGGCUCAGAUGACCAAUGCCAAUUCCGCGAAGAAGCAAUGGUGCGAGAUAAUCCGGCAUCAAUCCAUGGUAUCGCUCUACUAUCUCAAUCCAGUCACAGGCCCGGCCAGGCGCAGCAUGGAUACUACCUGAGUACCGCAACUCAUAUAAUAGCGUGUGAUACGCUGCGUUGCGAAUAGUUGGGAUGCACACGGCCACUAGGCACCAUACGAAGUACGUAUAGACUCUGGCAGACUCUUCGUUAAAAAGGUCGCCCAGUCUAUAGUACUUUGUUAGCAGGUGCUAAAUGCGGUUUCGACCAUGGCUUUAAUGAGCAUGUCGCCCCGUGUUCUCUUGUACAUUUUUUGAUGAGCCUGAUACAUAUUAUCGCCCUUCCCAUAAUGAAAACGUGGGGGCGCAUCAUUUACCCAUCAUGAAAUCAAACUGUAGUGCAUGAAUACCGAAAACCUUCCUCUCUACAUACAGUAGUAUAUCGUACAAU